AUGUUGAAACAAUUACUUCAAGGGCAAGCUGAUGGUGUUGUGGAUACAAGCAAGAAGCUAGCUGAAAUCAACUCCAAGAUUGAGAAUCUCAACACAAGAGUGUACUCUCUGGAGAAUCAUGCUUCUUCUGCUGCUGCUGCUACAAAGCAAGGACAACUACCUGGUAAAGCCAUUCAGAACCCCAAGGAACAGUGCAAGGCUCCUGGAGUCCAGAUUGAUCAACCAGAAGUGCAUGCACCUAUUGUGGCCCUUCACACUUCACCAGUUGAGCUCGCACAACAAGCUCGAUCGGCAGCUCGAUCGAGUCGAACUCUAGCUCGAUCGAGUCCGACCUCAUCUGUCCCAAAGCCGAUCUUGCUUGAUCCUUACCAACCGGUUGACCUUCCUCGUCUCGCCUGCUUAGUCAAGGGCACAAGGAAGUGA